ACUCAAGACGUCCCAGAAUAUUCUAUGAAAACAUAUCUUACAGUAUUACUCAUCUUCCACAAUAUAGGUGUCAAAAGGAUCCACAAAUAUGUGUUUUUCAAGAUGUAACAAUAACACUCUCACAAUAAUUUUACGUUUUGAAGAUAUUGCUGAGUUUUGCUUCCUUUUUGUUCUGAUUGGUACUCUGGUUGUUUUCCUAAGGUGCUAAGGAUUAGCAUUAAAAAUGAAAAAAACAAGAAUUAGCUUUCAUGUAUCUUAUUUUGUUUUGUGCUUCCGUUCUUCUCUCCCGUUUCUCUGAUUCUUGUCGCCUGCACUGUAUUUGCCUACUUUCCACUGUUUGUCACGAGCAAUCAGUCACCUAUACAUAGUCCUCUCCAUCUGCUGGGCUACAAUACAUCUCUAACAGGUGUUAGAGAGCCUGCCAGGCAGAAAUCCCUGAAGGCAAAUUUCUCUCAGUUGCUGAGAUAUGAUCUAACGUCCUGCUUCUCCACCGCUUUUGGUUGGCUGUAACAGACAAAAGAACUGUAAAUGCAGAUAAGAGGCUUUGUAGACAAAGGUAGCAUAAGUGCCACAAUAGAGUUGCAACAGAAACAUUAAUUGGAAUUAAACCAGGCAUCAUAUGGCAUCAGUUAUGUGUCACAGUUUCACUUUGUGAGCAGUGUGUUUGAGAUUCACUAUCGAAGCAAAGAGGAAUUAUAGCUAUCGGGGAUACUGCCACUUCUACCUGCUGCUGAUUUCAUAUAACGAGCAGGACUUUUAAAGAAGCCACAGCUGGAAGAAAAGUAAGUUUCAAGAUACGUCUUCAGUCUCUAAUUACCCUAGCUGCAUUUUUUUUCACUCAGAGGCAAAAUGUCCUCUCAGUCAGAAAUGAAUCUCUCUUGUUCGAUCUGCUAUGACAUCUUCAGAGACCCCAUCAUGCUGUCGUGCAGCCACAGCUUCUGUAAAGACUGCCUGCAAAUGUGGUGGAAGGAGAAACCAGUACGUAAAUGCCCACUUUGUAAGAACUUGCAUUUGUCAGAUGACCCACCCUGUAACUUGGUGUUAAAGAACCUGUGUGAAGCUUUCUUACUGGAGAAAGCUCAAAAAGCUUCUUUAGAGUCAGAGGCUCACUGCAGUCUGCACUCUGAGAAACUCAAACUCUUCUGUCUGGACCAUCAGCUGCCAGUGUGUCUUGUUUGUAGGGAUUCAAAAAUACACAACAAACACAAAUUCAGAACCAUCGAAGAAGCUGCAGAGGAUCACAGAAAAGUGCUUCAGGUGUUACUAAAGCCCUUAAAAGAGAAACUGAAGAACUUUAAAAUAGUUAAAGGAGAGUUUGAUCAAACCAGAGAACACAUUAAAAUCCAGGCCCUUCACACAGAGAGGAAGAUCAAGGAGAAGUUUGCAAAAAUGCACCAGUUUCUACAAGAAGAAGAAAAAGAAAGAAUCACUGCUCUGAGGGCAGAAGAGGAGCAGAAGAGUCAGAUGAUCAAGGAGAAGACGGAGGCUCUGAGCCGAAAGAUAGCAGCUCUUUUAGACACAAUCAGAGCCACAGAGGAGUACCUGAGAGCUGAAGAUGUCUCAUUUUUGCAAAACAUCAAGCCUGCAGUGAACAGAGUCCAGCAGUGCACCCUGCUGGAGGAACUACAUGUGGUCUCAGGAGCUCUGAUAGAUGUGGCCCAACACCUGGGCAACCUAACCUUCAACAUCUGGAAGAACAUGAAGGAGAUGGUCUCCUGCACUCCAGUGAUUCUGGAUCCAAACACAGCUCAUCAACAACUCAUCCUCUCAGAAGAUCUGACCAGUGUGAGUCUCGGUGAGAGACAGCAGCUUCCCAACAAUCCAGAGAGAUUUGACCACCAUCCAAUUGUUCUGGGCUCCGAGGGCUUCGACUCAGGGACUCACAGCUGGGAUGUUGAGGUUAGAAAGGAUGGGAUCAGGUGCCUCGGUGUGCUAAUAGAGUCUGUUAAGAGAAAAGAACAAUUACAGACUGGAUUCUGGGAAAUAUGUCUCCAGGAUGGACAAUACACAGCAGCCGCUCCACCACUUCCUGAUAAACCUCUCUCAGUGAAGAAGCUCCAGAGGGUCAAAGUUCAGCUGGACUGUGACAGAGGGAAGCUCUCAUUCUUUGAUCUUGACACCAGUACACACAUACACACCUUCAAACUCAGUUUCACUGAGAAGCUGUUUCCUUACAUUGGCACGCACAAUAAAGUACCAAUGAAGAUUUUACCUGUGACUGUGAGAGUGGAACAGCACACGCCCUCUUUAUCUACAGGUUUUUGGUUUAGCUAGCUCUUAUUUCCACUCAGAAAUCUCUGAGUUUUGAUGAGUUUUAUUUAAGAAUUUUUACAUUUCAAUAGCUUAUUAUAUUAGGGUUUUUCUUUUAAUGUUAAAAGACACUGAAAGCCUUUUAGAUUUUAUUACUUGUAUAUUUUCUUUCUUGUUUUAAUAUGUUUGUCUGUCUUAUGUGUCUAUAAAGCCUUUUAGGUGGGAUAAUGGGCUCUACAAAUAAACUAACUUGGCUUAACUGGUAAUAGUCAAUCUUACAAGCUUUAAUAAUUGUAUCUGUGAAAAUGUAGUUUUACAUUUCUGUGUGUCAUCAAUAUUUUUUCGUUUUUGGGCCAAUAACAGAGACUGGGGAGAGUGGUACAAGCCCUGAUCCAUCCAAACGUCAAGUGUGCAAGAGUUGUUUUUUUUACUAAACGUAGUAAUAAAAAGCUACGACUUUUUUAGUCCAAUUUAAUGUUUAAAUUGGUAUUAUUUAGAUACAAAUAUACUUUAAAUGCAAAACCAAAAUGUAAUUGUGUAUACAUUUCAAUUUGUAUGGUAAUCUAGUGAAGUAAUCUAACGAAGCUCAAAAGUGUCUGUAAAACCAACAGAUUUGGAUUUAAAUGUAAAAAAUUCUUUCAGAUGUUAUGUACAUCAGGAAAAAUUAAAAACAACCUUUGCCUCUAUAAAGUUUUUAUAUCUCUAAAUUAAAAUUUGAACAUUCACAAAGGCUUGUGACGUUUUAAGAAAAAAAAAAAACAUGUUCAUGCACUUUACAUUUCACGGGUAAUGCAGAGACCAGAAAGGUGAAUCUAACUGUGGUGACAAUUUAUAUCACUGACAUGAGAUUUACUGUGACCUUCACCUGUUAAACAUCCAAUAAUAAGAGUCCAGACGUGUUGCAGUGGUCAGUAGAUUAUAUUUUUUUCUUUCAGAAAUUAAAAAAAAACAUUACAAAGACCAACUUCCUUCACUCAAAGUCUUUUGCACAUUCAGCUCGCCACAAACAGCAGAAUCACUGCUUUACAUCGAGACACCAGCGCUGAGUGUGGACUAACACAGGACUAACCUGCUGACCAGUUUUAGUAACCUCCCACAGGAGAGCAUUUAUUUAAAGGCGACCUGUUGCAUUUAUAUUGUUAAUUUCCUGCUCUAUUCUUUUUGACUCCACUCCAGUAUCACAGAAUGAUUCCAAGUUUAAAAACAAUCCUUAUUUUUCUUAUUCUAGUCCCUUAUGCAGCCCCUCAGUUCAAACUUUAAACCCCUCAUCUGCGGACUGGCUGGCACUUGGAAGGCUACAGAGGGGUAGUACCCAGUGCUUGUGAACUGUACUUUCCCCAUUUAGUAUGUAAAGAAAUCCAAAAACACCCUGAACCUUCAACGUGUAUUUUGUUCACAUAUAAUAUGAAAAUCUGACCCAGAAACAUUAAAACAAAACAAAACAGAAAAGCAGAACAGAUACCCUUAAAAGAUUUUCAGGCGUGUAAUUAUUUCAAGUUAAAACACUUUGUUUUUACAAACUGUCUCAGGGGAGAGAUGUCUGUCUUAUCAGCAGUUAAGGAGAAACUGCUAUGUGAAAACACCAACAACUUUUCCAGUCUUAGCACGGGGCUGAUUAGCACUUCUUUACUGAGGAUUUCUAAUUUCCAAGGAUUCUUUCUGGCUUAGAAAUUUGAAUGUGAGUGUUUAUUUAUGACCCUGAAAUAAGUCAAAGAAAAGUUUCAGUAGUUCUAAUGACAGAGGGGAUUUACACUGGGCUCGGUUUACUUUUACUUUACAUUUGUUUGUAAAAGCUCAAAAUCAUCUGAUUUUUAUGCUAGUAGCAGGAAAUAACACGUGGCUAACAUGUUAGCGUUAGAUUUGUUUGAAAGUUGGCUUUUUAAUUAUAUACACAGAUUACUGUACAAAUUAAAUAUUGAACACAGAAUGAGAGUGUCAACAUUAGUGAUACUGAAAAUGUUAUGAUUUACUGAUGCAAUGUCAAAUUCAUGAAGUUAAUAAAGUUUACUUCUGAUGGUCGGAUACAUUUUGUUUAGUUUUGGGCAGUCUGGUCAUGAGAUUAUAUGAUGAUCUUUUGGAGUCACGCCCCUGCUUUUAGUUGGAAAGAAAUCUGUCAGUCAUUGGUGGACUUGAGUGAUGUCAGUGGUUCCAACUUAAGGUCCAGUAA